UUACUUCCACUUCUGGAUCCAUCCUUAAUUGGCUUGGCCCGUGGCUUGGCUUAGGGGCUUUAACUUGAUACAACUCCCACCUGUCCUGAGUGGUUGACCAGUCCGAUUUCUUCCCAGCCCGUUUGAGAUGCUUCUAAGAACUUUUCAUAAUUGCAUGGACAUCAUUUUUCCAUACUUCAGAAACAGUGCCCAAAGCCACCUAACUUCCCAUGGCCACGCUCUUACCUUUUUUAACAUUUUGGUGGCAGGGUGCGGCCCCCACCUGCACAAGAAUCCAAUGUGGUUGACCCUCAAAUUCUUUCCCACUCUUACGUCUUCUCCCUCAUCAUCUACUUCCCUCUCUGAUCUCUCUCUCCCUAGAGAUUAAUCAUGGAUGCAGUUGGAGGAGCUGUUCUUUCUGCUUUAUUUGGGGUGUUGUUUGACAAGUUGACCUCGGCAGAUCUCACGUUUGCACGCCGAGAGCAAAUCCACUCAGAGCUCAAGAAAUGGGAGAAGACACUGAUGAAAAUCAAUGCAGUGCUGGAUGAUGCUGAGGAAAAGCAGAUGUCAAACCGCUUCGUCAAGAUCUGGCUAAGCGAGCUCCGAGAUUUGGCUUAUGAUGCGGAUGAUAUACUGGACGAGUUUGCCACCCAAGCAGCUUUGCGACCCAACUUGAUUUCAGAAUCUCAAGGCAGCCCAAGCAAGGUAUGGAGCCUCAUCCCUAUCUGCUGUACUACUCUCAUCUCUCCAACUGAUUUUAUGUUCAAUGUCGAGAUGGGGUCCAAGAUUAAGGACAUCACAGCCCGGUUAAUGGAUAUUUCUACCCGAAGGAUAGAGCUUGGUUUGGAAAAGGUUAGUGAACCAGUUUCUACUUGGCAAAGACCACCCACUACAUGUUUGGUGAAUGAGCCUUGUGUUUAUGGGAGGGACAAAGAUGAAAAAAUGAUUGUUGAUUUGCUCUUAUGGGAUGGGGGGAGUGAAAGUAAAGUUGGUGUAGUCCCCAUUGUUGGCAUGGGUGGAGUGGGCAAGACCACACUUGCUCGCCUUGUGUUCAAUGAUGAGACCAUCAAACAAUACUUCACUUUAAGAGCAUGGGUUUGUGUGUCUGAUGAGUUUGAUAUAAUCAGGAUCACAAAGGCUAUUCUUGAUUCCAUUACUACCCAAACCACUGCCCUGAACGACCUAAAUCAACUUCAAGUUAAAUUGAGCGAUGCCUUAGCUGGAAAAAGGUUUUUGCUAGUUCUUGAUGAUGUGUGGAACAAGAACUAUGGCGAUUGGGUUCUUCUACGGUCUCCUUUCAGUACAGGGGCAGCAGGGAGCAAAAUCAUAGUCACGACCCGCGAUGCAGAGGUUGCAAGAAUGAUGGCCGGAUCUGAUAACUAUCACUAUGUGAAGGCUCUGUCCUAUGAUGAUUGUUGGUCAGUGUUUGUGCAGCAUGCAUUUGAAAAUAGAAAUAUUUGUGCACAUCCCAGUUUGGAGGUGAUUGGAAAGAAAAUUGUGCAGAAGUGCGGAGGCUUGCCAUUGGCAGCAAAGACCCUUGGUGGCCUGCUCCGCUCCAAAUCAAAGGAUGAUGAGUGGGAAGAUGUAUUGUAUAGCAAGAUAUGGAAUUUCCCAGACAAGGAAAGUGACAUUCUCCCAGCAUUGAGAUUGAGCUACCACUAUCUUCCUUCACAUUUGAAGAGAUGUUUUGCAUACUGUUCUAUAUUCCCAAAGGACUAUGAAUUUGAUAAGAAAGAGCUGGUUUUAUUAUGGAUGGCAGAAGGUCUAAUUCAACAGUCGCCUAAAGGGAAAAAACAAAUGGAGGACAUGGGUAGUGACUAUUUUUGUGAAUUACUCUCAAGGUCAUUUUUCCAGUUAUCUAGCUGCAACGGAUCGCGAUUUGUGAUGCAUGACCUUAUCAAUGAUCUAGCUCAAUAUGUUUCUGAAGAGAUAUGCUUUCACUUGGAGGAUAGUUUGGAUAGUAACCAAAAACAUACUUUUUCUGGAAGCGUUCGGCAUUCAUCAUUUGCUCGUUGCAAAUAUGAGGUGUUUAGAAAAUUUGAAGACUUCUAUAAAGCAAAGAAUCUACGAACAUUCCUAGCACUGCCAAUUCAUAUGCAAUAUUAUGACUUUUUCCACUUAACUGCUAAGGUAUCUCAUGACUUGUUGCCGAAAUUAAGAUACUUAAGGGUGCUAUCUUUAAGCCAUUAUGAGAUAAGAGAAUUACCAAACUCAAUUUGUGAUUUGAAACAUCUGCGGUAUCUUAAUUUGGCAUGCACUAUAAUUCAAGAGUUGCCUGAUUCGCUGAGUGAUCUUCACAAUUUACAGACGUUGGUAUUAUUCAGGUGCAGGAGGCUUAAUAGAUUGCCCAGAGGCUUCAAGAACCUAAUUAACCUUCGACAUCUUGAUAUUGCUCAUACACAUCAGUUAGAAGUAAUGCCUCCACAAAUGGGGAAGUUGAAAAUGUUGCAGACAUUGUCAAAGUUUAUUGUGGGCAAAAGCAAAGAGCUGGGAAUAAAGGAGUUGGGAGAUCUAUUACAUCUUAGAGGGAAACUUUCCAUUUUGGAUUUGCAAAAUGUGGUCGAUAUUCAAGAUGCAAGAGAUGCCAAUCUAAAAGAUAAGCACCAUCUUGAAGAGUUACUAAUGGAAUGGAGCAGCAACAUGUUCGAUGAUUCACAAAAUGAAACAAUUGAAUUGAAUGUUCUCCACUUUCUUCAACCUAAUACAAAUCUGAAGAAACUCACAAUCCAAUCCUAUGGUGGUCUGACAUUCCCAUAUUGGAUAGGAGAUCCCUCUUUCUCUAAAAUGGUGUGCCUGGAACUCAAUUAUUGCAGGAAAUGCACAUUACUACCAUCGCUUGGGCGACUUUCAUCACUCAAGAAGUUGUGCGUUAAGGGCAUGCAGGGAGUGAAAAGUGUGGGCAUUGAGUUUUAUGGUGAGCCUUCUCUAUGUGUAAAGCCUUUUCCAUCUUUAGAGUUUCUAAGAUUUGAAGAUAUGCCAGAAUGGGAGGAGUGGUCUUCAUCAGAAUCAUACCCUCGUCUCCGUGAGCUUGAGAUACAUCACUGUCCUAAAUUGAUUCAGAAACUACCCAGUCACCUACCUUCCCUUGUAAAGCUUGAUAUCAUUGACUGCCCAAAAUUGAUGGCUCCACUUCCAAGUCUUCCCUCCCUUUGUGACCUGAUUGUAGCAGAAUGUAAUGAGGCAAUGCUGAGAAGUGGGGGUGAUCUCACCUCACUCAUCACCUUAAGACUGGAAAAUAUUUCAAAUCUUACUUUCUAAAUGAAGGGCUUGUACGUUUCUUAGGAGCACUUGAGGUUCUGGAAAUUUGCAAUUGCAGUGAGCUGAAAUUUCUGUUGCAGAGUGGGGUUGGAUUUGAAAAUCUUUCCUGUAUUCGACAUUUGGUAAUUGUAAUGUGUCCCAAACUAGUACUGUUGGCAGAAGAUCAACCACUGCCUUGCAAUCUUGAGUACUUGGAGAUAAAUAAGUGUGCUAGCCUGGAGAAGCUGCCAAUUGGACUGCAAAGCCUCACAUCUCUUAGAGAGUUGAGUAUCCAGAAAUGCCCGAAACUCUGUUCCUUGGCAGAGAUGGACUUCCCUCCUAUGCUAAGAAGUCUUGAGCUUUAUGAUUGUGAGGGGCUUGAGUCACUACCUGAUGGGAUGAUGAUAAAUGGCGAAACCAGAAACUUUUGUCUCCUUGAAUGCUUGAAGAUAGUGCAUUGCCCAUCUCUCAUUUGCUUUCCAAGAGGGGAGCUACCCUCCAAGCUUAAGGAACUGGAGAUUAUAGAUUGUGCAAAGUUACAGUCUCUUCCAGAGGGACUAAUUCUUGGUGACCACACUUGUCAUCUCGAGUUCUUAAGGAUCCAUAGAUGUCCAUUGCUCUCAUCCUUCCCAAGAGGCUUGUUACCCUCCACCAUGAAGAGAUUAGAGAUUCGGAAUUGUAAACAGUUGGAGUCAAUUUCAUUGUUGUCCCACAGCACAGCACUCGAAUAUCUGCGGAUUGACAGAUUGAAGAUUAAUUUUUCAGGGUGCCUCCACAGCCUUAUGCAUCUCAUUGAACUACACAUAUAUAGUUGUUCAGGAUUGGAGUCAUUUCCAGAAAGGGGCUUCUCCUCCCCUAACCUGAAAAUGCUUCAUAUUGAUGAUUGCAAGAAUCUCAAAUCCCUACCUCUUCAGAUGCAAAGCCUCACAUCUCUUCAAGACUUGAGGAUACAUGAUUGUCCAAAUUUAGUUUCCUUUGCAGAAGAGGGUUUGUCCCUGAACUUAACAUCAUUUUGGAUUCGAAAUUGCAAGAACCUGAAGAUGCCCCUAUAUAAAUGGGGCCUCCAUGGACUCACUUCUCUUCAGACUUUUGUCAUAAAUAAUGUGGCUCCAUUUUGUGAUCAUGACUCUCUGCCUCUUCUGCCUAGAACUCUAACCUAUCUUUCCAUCAGCAAAUUCCACAAUUUGGAAUCCUUGUCCUCCAUGGGACUCCAAAAUCUCACCUCUCUUGAAAUACUAGAGAUCUACAGCUGCCCAAAGCUCCAGACCUUUUUGCCAAAGGAAGGCCUGUCUGCCACACUUUCAAAUCUUCGUAUCAAAUUCUGUCCCAUUAUUGAAGCAAGGUGCCGAAAGAACAAAGGAGAAGAUUGGCCCAUGAUUUCUCACAUCCCCCGCAUAGAUAUGGAUUGAACUGCAUUCUAAGGUAUCCCAUACUUAUGGUUCCAUCAGGAGGUGGCUUUUGACAGCAUUUACAGGGCUUGGGGCUUUCUCUCCACAUUCUUCCUCUUAUUGGCCCCUACAUAUCCAUGUUCAGCCAUUCAUUUUGGUGAAUCCCCUAUGAAAUGCAUGGCAGGAGGUGGAAUUGGAUCAUGCAGCAGACAACAAAAAAAAAGGCAUUUUCUGCAGAGAGCCCCUUGACAUCAGGAGUAGCAUCUAGCGGUUCUCUGUUUCUUCCGUAUAAAUAUGACCUCUUUUAGUCGUAAUAACAUGGAGAAGCAGCCAAAAUGCUGUAUUUCCCACCUCUAUUGGAGAAUGGAGAAUCAUAAGAGUGCCAAAACUUGUGUUCUUCUCAGGGACUGGUUUGCCGUCCAUGCUUAGAAGCAUUUUGCUUGGCAAUUGGGGAAGUGUCCAAAGGUGGCACCUAACUGUAGGAUGAUGCUGAACAAUGACAAACUGGUUACUACCAAAAUUUCAUAUGAAUGGAGUUCAGCCAGUUAAUCUGGA